UAAAUUAACAUAAAUCUGCAUUUACUAGGGAGCAGUCAUUGGACCCGAUGGCAUCGCUGGGUGGGACAAGGUCCAGGAUUUGGCUGGUUACCUGGUGGGUCUUCGUGAGGCUCCUUACCUUACUGACCAGCAGGUGACAGAGGCCAUCCAGCUGUGGACAGCUCUCCUAGAUUUCGAUAAGCAGCGGGUCAACUAUCAGCCUCGACAUCAGCCUCAGCUGACACAUGGGCGCUAUAAGGCACCGAAGCGGUCUGGAGUCACACCAGGUGUGGAGAGUGUGAAACGGUGUCUGAUUGGACAUCCUGGGGGUCCAGCGCAGUGGCCCGACGCCAACCGCUUGGUUAAUACCAUUUGUAUGAAGCUGUGUGCUUUACACAAGUCGCCAACCAAGAAAGAUGGAGUUUGCACCCCCAGGUGGUCUAAAGUUCUUUCAGAUUACCACCACAUCCGAGAGUUGGUGCUUAACAAUCCCACUCUGAUGGAUGAAACAACGAUCCAGCUGUUUGAGAUAAACCAUAGGACACUCACUCAGUGGUUUCGUAAGUGGAAGAAUAGACAGGAAAUGGGCGUCCUCGGUCAGGGUCUGACUCCAUCUAACCCAAUUGCUGUGGCUGAUACGCACCUGCCUCCACCGAGGGAAAAAUUGAAUGAAGUGCCAUCGACAUCAGGCCCAAAACAUCAAUUUUUCCUUCCACCAAAUCGUGAAGGACAGGCUCCUCUUCUGCGACCAGGUCGAAAGCCAGCUGCUGCCACCAGGGAGUUUCCCAUUGCACCUGCCUCCACAGCAUCAGGAGUUGUGCAGCCCAUUUUAGCACCCAUCGCACCUGCCCCCACAGCAUCAGGAGUUAUGCAGCACAUUUUAGCACCGGGGUUGUCAUUUGGCACAGUAGUCUUUAAUCCAGACAUGACUGUGUCAGUGGUGAUUCCACCUUCUGGUGCUUCGACAUCCAGUGCAGUCCCAGCUCCGCCUGCUCCGGCGUCUGCUGCUCCUGUGUCCCGUUACACCCAAAGGAACAGGCGCCGACGGGCUGUGGAGAAUGAAAGUGGUGUCCAGAAGAGGAAGUAUGUGCGAGGGGUUACUUUUAACACGUGCAGCAAAUGUGGGCAGCCCAAAACGAAAGAGUUUGGCCAUAGCCGAUAUGGUAAUGCCACAUUUUGUUUGCGUGCCUCAAAUGGCAAAUCUUUAGAGGAAUGGUUGGCAGAGCAGCGCCAGCAAUAAAGAUGUCAAACUCCACCACCUCAAUAAAUAACAUAUUUCCUGUAUAUAUUGUACAUAUUUGUGCGUGUGUG